AUUUCUGUCCUUCUUAGAACGUAAGAUUUUGGAGGGCAGUUCUAAUAUUUAAUACAUAGUGCCCAAUAAACAUUCAUUGCGUGUGACUGAUUUGCAGGAACCUGCCCUCUGGUGAGAGAGGCAGAAUUUAAACUCCUAACUUAAUUAAGGAUCAUGAAAAGACGAUUGUAAUUAGAGCUGUUUCAUUAGCGGUUUGUAAUAUAGCAGUUUUGUAAUUGUCCUCUUGAUCCAGAGAAGAAAGUGCGAGAAUUGGGAUGACAAAGAAGGCCUUAGGAAUCGGGAUGUCUCUUUUGCCAAGAAAUAAUGUAUUUAUUCGCUUGUUCAUUCAACAAACAUAUGUUGAGCACCUAGAGUGUGACAAACACACUGCUAGACAAUGAGGCUUGCAGUAAUCAGGAGUCCUAACCAUGCACCCCUCCUCGAACAGGUCAGCCAAUUGUUACCCAACUUUUCUGCACGUCUUUGGUUUUUCUCACUGGAUCUCUGAAUAUCCAGGCCCCCUCCACCAUGGCCGGCCGGGGUGGGGGCCGGGGUCGUGGCCGGGGCCAGUUGACCUUCAACAUGGAGGCCGUGGGCAUUGGGAAGGGGGAUGCUUUGCCCCCACCUACCCUGCAGCCUUCUCCACUGUUCCCUCCCUUGGAGUUCCGGCCAGUGCCCCUGCCCUCAGGAGAGGAAGGGGAGUAUGUGCUGGCACUGAAGCAGGAGCUACGAGGGGCCAUGAGGCAGCUCCCCUACUUCAUCCGGCCAGCUGUCCCCAAGAGAGAUGUGGAACGUUACUCAGACAAAUAUCAGAUGUCGGGGCCGAUUGACAAUGCCAUUGAUUGGAACCCAGAUUGGCGGCGUCUACCCCGGGAGCUAAAGAUCCGAGUGCGGAAGCUACAGAAGGAGCGGGCCCCCAUUCUACUCCCUAAGAAACCCCCUAAGACCGCAGAAGAGAAAGAGGAAACCAUACAGAAACUGGAGUCGCUAGAGAAGAAGGAGGAAGAGGUGACUUCAGAGGAAGAUGAGGAUAAAGAAGAAAAGGAAGAGGAGGAAGAAGAGGAGUAUGAUGAAGAAGAACAUGAAGAGGAAACUGAUUACAUCAUGUCGUAUUUUGACAAUGGGGAGGAUUUUGGGGGUGACAGUGAUGACAACAUGGAUGAGGCUAUAUACUGAAGAACAGUCUGGGCCCCCCGAUGCUCUGCAUCUGUGGUGCAGUCAGUACCUGUGCGUGUGACUUGACUUUGUGCUGAUCACCUCUGUCUGGUCCCUGGCGCUAGGAACGGAGAGCAAUGCCACACAGCAUUCUUUCCUCGCCUUCCCCUGCCUCUGUGUUUGUAUCAUCUCUGGUGUCUUGAGGAAAAGGGAGAAGACCCAUGUCCUCAUUGGAUGAAGCUUGAUAACACAAGGGAAAGAACUGAGCUUGAGAGUUCAGACAGCCGUACACACAUGCCCCCAGCCAAGUUAACUACUCUUCCUGGAGGUAACUUGGAAAGGGAGGUGCGGUGGUGGUGGUGGAAGCACCUAGGAGGGCAAACGCCUACUUUAUAUAUUUAAUAAAGGAGUUUUAUCUGUU